CAACAACAACAACAGCCCUGAAAGACUUUUGAGAUCCUCCUCCAAAUCAUCUCAGCGACCCGAGAGAAAUUUCCACUACAGUCAAAAUGAAGUUCUCCACUGCUACCGUUGCUGCCCUUGCCAGCGCCAUCACCGCCACUGCCGCCUCGCUCCCCGAGCGCUUCUCCCUUGUCGCGGACGACAACAGCGCCGUCCUCACUGAUGGCCAGUACCUCUACAUCGGCAAUGCUACCUCCGCCGACCAUGUCCCUGUCGUCCUGACCGCCAACUCCGCCGGCGCUCUCACCUACCUCGCCGACGGCGCCGUCCCCACCGCCUUCCAGAACCUCUACAUCGUCGAGAACUCUGUUGCGCCCGCCCAGUUCACCGUCCCCCACUCUGGCAACAUGCCCGAAGGUGCCAACAUGACCGGUUUCGGAGUCAACGAGGACGGCCAGCUCACCCACGGCGGCAAUGCCUGGUUCGCCAUCGACGGCUACGGCGAGGCUGAGGAGAAGACUGUGUUCUGGUACGGCGCUCACAACUCCGAGUACAUGUCUGCCUACUUGACUGUCAAGGAGGCUUGAUCCCGUGGUAGUGUUUGCACUGUGGGAUGUGGUAAUAGACAGAUGUAUAUAUUGGAAAAAUUUC